UGGCUAUUUGUGUUUCCUUUCAGAAUACUGCGCUCCGGAGAGCCUGCCUCUUGCAGCAGUUCUGUGCUACACACACUUCCUCCUCCGUCCCUUAGCUUUGUGUAUGUGUCUCUGAGCCGCACCCACACAGCUCCAGGUUCUCCGGUCACUCACAUCUUAUUAUCUGGCUCGCAAGAAGCUCUUCUAUACGGAAUACAAUAGAGAGGUCCAGCAACCAUGCCAGUCCAACGCACGAAAAUCGUGAUGGGUAACACCCAAACCCUAAAGUCUCCAGUUGGGAUUGUUCGAAUUCUGGCGGUCAUCUUUUCCUGUGUCACGUUCAGCUUGAUUGUGCACAGAGGAGCUUGGUAUGGUGGAGCCGGCGACCUGUGCAUGUUCUCUUGGUGCUUCUGUUUCGCAGUCACUAUAAUUAUCCUUGUGGUGGAAUUUGCAGGAGUGCAAAACCGGAUGCCAGUGUCUUGGAAAAAUUUUCCCAUCACCUUUGCUAUGUUCGCUGUGCUGAUGUGCCUCUCUGCCACCGUUCUGUACCCACUGUUCCACUUGGAAGACGGAAGCUACGGUAACACGCGCACUUACCAGAUCGUGGCUAUUGUGUUUUCCUGCCUCACCACCGUGGCAUAUAUAAUUGAAGUGUCUUUAACCAGAGCCCAACCUGGAGAAGUUACUGGAUACAUGGCUACUGUUCCUGGACUUCUAAAAGUUAUAGAAAGCUUCAUUGCCUGCGUCAUUUUCGUGUUCAUUUCAGAUCCCCCUCAGUACGAGAAACAUGAUGCGCUUAAAUGGUGCUUGUCUGUUUACUGUAUUUGUUUUAUCCUGUCUGUUUUGGUGAUUAUUUUAUGUGUCGGGGAAUGCACUAGUUGGUUGCCCUGCACUUUUGAGAAGUUUCUCAGUGCUUAUGUCCUCCUUUCUGUCCUCUUUUAUGCUUCCGCCUUGAUCAUCUGGCCAAUCUUCCAAUUUGACUCGAAGUACGGGGGAAACAAACAACGUCCAGGUGCCUGCAACAAUCAUUCAGCGCUACGUAGAUUGUGUGAUUGGGAUAAAUUAGUAGCCAUUGCUGUUCUGACAGCUGCCAAUCUUAUAGCUUACAUUAUAGAUCUUGUUUAUUCAGCAAGGCUUAUUUUCGUCAGUGUAUACUGAUACUGUAGCUUAGGAUUUGAAUCCAACCAUUUUCUGCUUCUUAUUUGACCAAAACAGUUGAUUUCACUAGUCUGAGAACAUUUCCAGUUAAAAGUUCUAUGCAUAUUUAUUCACAUAACAUUACAUGCCAUUUCUGGACUGUGCCCAGCUGUUACAAAGUUUUUAUCCAGAACCAAUGGCAUCCUGCACUGGUAACUAGAGAAAAGGUGCUGUAGUCCGUACCGCCCAGCAGGGAGAGUUGUUUUCAAUUCUUAAACAUUUAGAAAAGUUACAGUUUCUAAAUCAGGUUUCUGUGCGUUCUAACAUCUUGUUUGCUCCGUUACCAUUGCAACAAUUUUAUAAAUGUCUCCAAAUUGCUUUAGUCAUGGACCGAUGAAAUUAGACCAUUGCUUUUAAUGUUACGUAGAUUUUUCCAAAUCUGGCGCUCGGGGACUGCUGUCCGUUCAGGUUUUCAGGACAUCUUGGUUGAUGCAGCAGUAAAAACACCAAGCAAAUGUCAAAAUUUGCAUUCAAAAAAGAAAUAAUAACAAUUAAAAAAAAAGUGUGUAUAUGUAUAAAUAUAAAUAUAUAUAUAUAUAUAUGUAUAAAUAUAAAUAUAUAUAUAUAUAUAUAUAUAUAUAUAUAUAUAUAUAUAUAUAAUCUCCAUCCCAUACAAUUAAGUAAUGUGUGCUGCUGGAAAGUUGUGAUUGCACCUGAUAUGCGGCAGAACCAUUGUGUUUGGUAAUUCCCCUUCCUCCCACAAUGGAAUAAGAACUUCUUCCAAAUGUCAUUAGUUCUGGGAAGAUCCCUAAACUAAUAUACAUGUGUUUGUUGUUGCUAAUUAUUUUCUACAAAGUGACUUGUAUUAUAGGUUUAUUUGUCCUUUUAAUUGUUACCGCAAACAUGAAAUGCACAUAAUAUAAUGCUAUUUAUUAUGUGAUGUUUGUAUUUGAAAUAUUACCAAGAUAUGUAAAAAAGUAAAGAUUAUUACAUGGAAUUGGGAACUAAGCGUUAGGUUAAACUUAGUAAAGGACGGACAAAUGUUUCAGAUGUUUUCUUUUUAAGCUGUCAUGUACACUUCUAUAUCCACAUUUAAAUCACACACAAGAGUUGAGGUAGUAUGCUAAUAAUUAUUGAUAAGAACAUAUAAGGUGAGAUGUAACAGCGUCCAAGAUUGCCGGAGGUGCGGGAUGCUGACCGAUCUUGUGUGUGUUUCAUUUUUUUUUUUUUUUAAAGCGGCAGUCAUUUACAAGGCAAAACCAUGUCUUGCAAAUGACUGCCGCUUUAAAAAAAAAACGUCUGAGAUGGGCUGGCAUCCCGCACCUCUGGCAAUCUCGGAUGUGGUUACAUAUCACCUACAGAGUUGCUUUCCCUUACCAUAGCCCACUUUUAGGUGCGUCUAUAUAUCCAGUUCUUUCCUACUUAUGGUGCAUUUCUCCAACCUCACAGCUUUCAAUACUAACCGCAUGUAUUGGUCUCAUUAUUCCUGUUGGAACAGGGCAAAACACCAACCGAAAAUAAGUGAUAACCUAUAGUAUGAGUGUGGUAGAAAAUGGACCACUUUAAGAAACUAUGUAUGUGGUCCUUUUCCACGUGCCCUAUUUUUCUUCUUAUAGAGAUCAAUGCACUUUAUAUGCUGAAACCUGAGCAUAUAUUCCUGAGCUCUUCCUUAAAGCGGAGAGAGACAUAGCUUUAUGUGCCCAGACUUUACCCCCUACUAUGAUAGAACACAAUUUACUUGCCUUUAUUAUUGUCCUUUAUUUAUAUGGUGCCACAAGGGUUCUGCGGCACCUAACAAAGUACAUAAACGAGCAAAACAAGAAAGCCGCGACUUACAGUGCAAAACAUUGUAUCACAUGGUACAUAAACAUUGCUGCAUCAGCGGUCAUAACACUCAAAUAAGCAGCAAUGUGGCAGAAACCAAGGGUUAGGUGCCGCUGUAGGAAUCCUUUUUAAGCAUAAUUUCUUUUCUUUGAUAUUCCACAUUUCCUCUCUGAAAUGCGAGCCAUUGAAUUGGCCAUUAUCUCUACUUUUAUUCGAUAUGCUUUGCCCCUGCGAUUGAAAAGCAUUUGGUGUAACUGGUGCCGUUGUAGGGAGUUUGGAGCAGUGAUGUGCGGUCAGGGUAGGCAGAGCCUCACCAGAGUUUUUGACUAUAAAAAUGAUUAAAAUAAUACAACGUAGAUAUUUAGGACUUAAAAUUAUAAUCUUUGUAUUAUUCAAAUUCUUUUUAUUUUAUUUUUUAGUCAAAACUCACAAAAUUUACAGUUUUAUAGAAUGCCCAGAAGCACAUAAGGGAAGAGAGCCCUUCUCGUUAGAGCUCACAUUCUGAAGAGGAGGGCAGACAGACGUGUUCCUUGCCAUAUGCAGGUAUAGAAGAGGCAUUGAUAACCCAUAUCAUCUAGUACUGAUCUACAGUACCUUACAGUCCCUUUUCCUGUAGACUUAAGCUUCACAAGGAAGUUCGAUGUCCUGGAAUUGAGCGUGCUGUUCUGACCAAAUUUACAUAAGUCCAGAACAGUACAUGUUGGUUUUGUUUUUUUCUUUGUUUUUCUUUUAUAGCUUGUGCUUAUUUGCCAUUUUUAAGCAAAAUUUCCUUUGAUCUUCCAUACAUCCUCUCUGAUGUAAAAAUAAACAAAAAAUAAGAAAAUGCUGUUCAAUGCAAUCCGUCCUCUUUAAGAUUCUUUUUGAUUUCUAUGAUUUCGCAAAGCCUUAACCCCUUUCCUUCAGAUAAGAGUGGCCUUUUUUUCUCCAAUGUUUUUUUCCCUACAAAAUGAGUCCUUUUUUAUUUUAUUUUAUUUUCAUGGCUUUAUCUUCCUCUUGACAUUUGCAUAUUCUCGUCUAUGCAGCCUUUCAGCUUCCAAGGACUCAAAAGUAGUCUGUUUCCAUUAUGUCCUUCAGGCUUUGCACCCCCUGUCUUCAUGUGCUUCUCUGCCUUCUGAAGGCAUUACACUGCGCCCAAAUCUCAGUGAUAUUUUUGCUUUAUAUCAUACACACACUUUCUUUUGUGUACUUUUAUUUAACUCUUUUGGGAAACUACCAUAUAGCUAUGCAUCUGUUUUUUUCCAGGUCACUUGGCAGUUGAAUAUUUACGUAUUUAGCCAUUUUUCUAUUUGCACAUCCAGAUUUUGUAUUGUUCACUUUUGUAGUGCCCUCAUUCAAACGUAAAAUUAGCUCUGUGCUACACAUACAACAAAGUUAUUUUGUUUUGCACGAACUGUAUCAUUAGUAUACUCUGUGCUUUUUGUACCAAAGUGCCUUCAAAAACAGUAUUGUAAACUUAUAUAAAUGUAUGCUUUUUUAUUUUUACAAGUAUUAUUUUUUGUUCUCUUCCUGUGCUUUUUAGAAAAGAUAAAUAAAUACAUUGGUGUAUACUA